AUGUGGGUCACUGAAGUCCUUGACAAUGCAACAACAUGGACUUGGCCAAGGUUGAAAAGAGAAGCAUACAAAGGGCAUAUCGCAGAUCACUCAGACUGGGCUCAGCGUGGUAUCGAGGUGAAGGCAUGGCUCACCAUGAAUCACAUUGACGUAGCCAUUUUGGUUGAGACUCGCAUGCAGUUUGAUUCAGAAUGGAGUGUCACCAUGCAGCAAAGACAGGCUGGACGCCUGGCCUACCUUGCACAAACGCCGGAAUGGCAAGUUUUUACGCUGCCAGAGCCACUCCUGCCUGGAAAGCCGCCUUGCCGACGAGUUCCGUUCACUGUGGACCAGUUGGAGAAAGCCCUGAGCCUGAUUCCGAGCACUCGUAAUCUCCGCCCCCUGGCACUCCAGGAACCGGUAGGAUGUAAGGCGGCGCCGGGUUUAUGGUGCUUUUUCCUGGUGAUUUUCUUUCAUGAACUUCAGAAAGAUGGUACGAUUUCACUCCAUUGGAUCCAAGAGCACAUCACCAUUUACGCUGACGAUUGUCACCUGGGUGCCUGUUUUUCCAAUUUGGAGGAAUUUCUUGAAUUGCAUAGGAUCAUUGGCAUGGUUUUCUCCACGUUUUCUCUCAUGGACAUGCACAUUAAUCCUAACAAAUCAGUGGCCAUCAUGGAGCUGAAAGGAUCCCAAAGCGGCUGGAUCAGACGCCAAUUCAUUUGCAAGAGACAAGAUGCCGAUUGCCUGAAAAUCACAGUGCCUGAGUAUUCAGAUGUCCAUAUCCCAAUUAGCCAGACUGCCAAAUAUCUCGGUGUAGUUAUUUCAUAUGGCAAUUUUGAAGCUGCCAGUGUGAAGCACCGCCUCAGCCUGACACGCAUUGGAUAUCGACGCCUGCAGAAGUGGCUCACAGGCAAACACUGCCUGACAACGGCACAGCGGUAUCGACUCUGGCAGACUUGCAUUUAUCCAAUUUUCAGCUACGGUGUUUUUGCCAUGUGCCUUCCUUCCAAUUGCAUUCACACAGCCAUCACACAGCUGACAUUGAUGUUACGCAAAUUGGCACAUGACCACUCCUAUAUCACAAGACGCACAAAUGAAGCAGCACUUGCAUUUCACCGCUUGCCGUGCCCGACUCAAUUGCUCCACGGCACCGCCGUUGGACUGCUGAGGACGGUCACUGCACGCCAACAUGCAUUGCUUCCACAUGACAUUGCGCAUUCCAUCCAGUGGUCUCAUUUGCCGGAACUCAUCAGUCGAUUGGAAAGCAUGCAGGCCACUGCAUCCUUGGAGAGACUUGCCAUACACAGUGGACCCACGUCCUGCACCUUGGAGACGAGCCGUGCUGGUGCGGCCCUUGGCUCCAUUGAGCCCAUGCAAUCCCAACUGGCAGAUGCAGCAGCCAGAGGACUUCGAUUGAUCACAGAUGCAGAGCUUCACAACCUGAAGCAACAAAGGUUUGGAGCCAAUCUGCUGCAGAUUGUGCAAGAUCGAAACUGGGAACGUGUGGCAACAGACCAAGAGGCCUGCCAGUAUCUUGCCUCCAGGUGCAUCAUUUGCUCCUUUCAGUUCUCACGAUGUCAGGAACUUCAUCAACACUACCGGCUCAACCAUCCAGAGCUUUGGGAACACGCUCCACAGAAGGGUAUCCAGCUCACCAACCUUUUCAGCACAGACAGCCCAUGCACCUGUUGCGGAGCAUUGUUUUUGACACACAUGUGCCCAACAUGGUCUCAGAUAGCAGUCUUGUUGGUGAAUGGAGCUGGCGUGGACACAUCUGACAUUGAACCCAUCACUGAUGUUCGACAAAGGUGUGACCUUUGCUUGGAGUUCUUCAGCACACCAGCCAAGUUGGUGCAACACCUUCAAGAAGCUCAUGGACUACAAGGCCUGGGGUUCAACGUCAGCAGGGAUUCACUUGACAAUCAAACAGCUUGCGCGCACUGCGGAACUUUGUUCCAAACUAUGGGGGGACUCAAGUCCCACAUAGUACAGGGCCGGUGUCAGUUUUUCAACCCCCAGGCGGCGACAGAGACGAUUGACAUUGAUCCCUUGUGGCGUGAGGCUUGCCUGGAUGGGCGCUUUCUUGAAAUUCUGAAACCUCCUGGAAAUCGAUUGCGCCUGACAGUGGUCUGUCAGGCCUGUGGGAAGGGUUGCAAGAGGGCAGCAGACUUAUCACUGCACCUGCAAACGGCGCACGCCAGACUCUGGCGCCAAUCCCAGAGAUUGACGCAGGUACUUGUUGAUAUCUUUUAUCAACAACAAUGUUUCUGCAACCCGAGCACAGGCUUGAAACGGGGACACCACAUUUGCCUGCCAUUUAGGCAACUGGCUAUGUGCUUCCACCGGCUGGCUUGUGAGCCUUUUGCACCCACGGUGAUCACUGACCAGACGCUGCAGGCCACUCUCUCAGACAAGCUCCCCAGAUCAGACAGAUACAUCAUAGAGCAAGCCUUGGUUCAUCGGCAGUUCAAGACCCUGUGGCAGGAGACGGCGCCCUUGAAGCUGCUGCGGCAACAGUGCCUCUUCUGUGGCGCCAGACCACACACAGCAGACCUGGCACUCCAUCUACGAGAGGAGCAUGCCAACAUGCCUUCUUUUUGUUUUACAUGGAACAGUUGCUGCCCAGCGUUCAUGCGAUGA